GCCCCUAGCAACUUUAACUAAUUUGAAUAACAUCAAAAGUACAUCACUGUGUCACAUGACACGCAUUUAGGUAGACCUGAUUGAUAUAUUUUGGUAAUUACUUUUUCGUUGUUCCGUGCUCUCUGUUUUCGUUUUAAUUUCUCUAGUUGUAGAUAAUUAUCAUUAUUUCGAUCUGGCACACGAAUUGACCUUAAUUACACCGUUCAUAAAUCAACAGGCUGUCCAUUUAAGAAAUAUUGAAAAUUCCCGGCUGAUGCAUUGGAUCACUGUAAUAUAUGUACUACUUAAACAACUACUGAACUAGUAUACUUAAAACUUUCUUCUAUCACAUGUUUGUUCUGUACAUCUAAUGUUACUACUUAUACUAAAUUGAUCAUGCCUGUAAACUGGCGUGAAUUUUGUAAUUAUUAUUUUCCAGAAUAUAAAUUAUUAUUAUAAAUAGGAAAAGCUAGGUACAGCUAAAUUUAGGAUAGAUAAUAGGAUUCUAAAUAUUUUAUGAGAUCCAAACCAUCAACCCUCGAACCCGGAUAAACCCAUACAAAUGACUGAUAAAAAAAUUUCAUACAUUUCCACUUUCGACAUAUUUGAAAAUAAUAAUUGGCACUUUCUAAUAACAUGUGUAGGAGUUAAUGUUUUACUUAAUUUAACCAAGUAGUCAUAUAUUAUUUCUUUAUUAUAUAUAUGAACAGAAAUCAAAUAUUGUUUAGUACGGGCGGGCUACUGAAUGUUUUAAAUAUUUUAUCUCUUACGUAGGAUUUGUUUCUUUGAGGGAUAUUGUACACACAAUGAAAGACUCAAACAGGAACGACACGUCGUCUAAAAACACCCCGACACGCUUCUAUUUAUGCUGAAAAUCCCCCCCCCAUUUUAAUCUGAUUCACUAUCCCAACGUCCUAUAGAGAUUUUAGGUACCGAUCACAGGAUACUAGAAAAUUACAUGUAUACUGUUUACAAGCAUAGAUGGUGACCAACUGUUCACAGCUAAUAUCCGCAGAUGAUUCUGAUUCUCUCGUUUACAACCAAGCCAUUUUCAUUUUUAUGAUUUAGUUGCGGCUCGUAUGAUUCUAAGUUUUAAUUCCUGCGUAAGAUUUAUUAGUUUCCUCAAGUUAUAAUUAAAAUUGACUGAAAAUUCAGUUUGUAACUGGAUUAUGAUCAAUUGAAACAGAGCUGUACUAGUUCUCCUUAUUCCGAUCAUUAAUUUUUUUAACCAUCAAAAUCUUUGGACUGACUUUCUAUGAAUCGAUAUGAUUGCUUACUUCAAAUUACAUCCAUACCACAUCUUCUUAUUAUUAUUUAUCACAUCAAAUGAUCGUUAACAUACAUUUUACUCGAGUUAAGUCUGAUUUUGAUGCUUAUGAUUGUAAGAUCCAAGUACAAUAAAACCGCAUACAACAAAUAAUCUCGUGAACUCAGUUAGUUAUAAUUGACUUUCGUUUUACAGGUUAUUAAUUAUUGAUACUUUUUAUUUAAAGAAUUUUUAAGGUACACUUUCUACAUCUAUAGUAAUUAAUUACAUAUUGUUUAACAAUUAAAAAUCAAUUCCAAUGCUAAUUACCACAUAUUUUCUAGUCAUGAUAAAAUCAUUAAUAAUUUAACUACUCUAUUAACUUGGUGAACCGUGAUUUUAUGUUGCACUCAUUCUAGAUUUCAUCGAACAGCUUUACAGAUUAAAUUGAUUUUUUGAACUAUAUAAAUUUCUUUAGAAAAAACAAAUUUACUUCAUCAAUUUAAUGGAUUAAUUCAAUAUUUAAGGGUUAAACAAACAUGUUUAUUAGUGCUCCGUAAUCAUACUACAAUAAUAAAGAAACACAAAAGAGAGAAAAAAACUGUUGAACUAAAAAACAAAAAAAGCAAACCAAUGAAUAGAAUCAAUGAUAAUAAAUAAUGAUGAAUUAUUGUCUUUCGUAUAAAUUAAUAUAAGAGAAUUAGAAUUAAACUGAGAAACGAUAUUAUAAAAUAAUAUAUAGAAACGGUCAUUCCUAUUUAAAACUACUAUUGUACAAUACCAAUGGAUACAAAGAAGAUCAGUCCAAUUAUACAAAAAAAAUUUUAAAAAAAACAAAAAAAAAACAAUAAACAAGUUUAAAAUCAAAUUACAGUUGGGUUUUUUCGAACAAGAAAAAAAGAAAACAGAUCAAAACGAUAAAUAAAUCAUUAUGAAAUAACCGAAGGAAAAUAUUAUCAUGCUUGUCACGAAUAUAGUUUUUUUCGAGAAAUAAGUAUCAAGCAAAAAUGUACAUACUUUCCUAAUUUUUUUUUUCAAACAUUAACCAAACCGCCUAAUAGAUACAUAUGAAAAUAAACAGUUGAGACAAAUUAGUUGGUAGUUGCUUUAAUUGUAUACACAAUAUUGUAUCCCGUACACAAAUACAUUUGUGCACUAAUAUAAAUUGAUGACAUGUAUAUCAUAAAAUAAUUUGAUUUCUGGCGCUUUGUGAUAAUUCUUUAUGUGGUAGAACUAUACAGUUCAGAACAAUAACUUCAGGAGGAAUUUCCACAUUGGAGCCUAAGACGAAAGUAAAUCAGGGAAAAAAAGUUAUAGAUGUCAAUUUAAAACAACACAUCAGUCUGAGAAAUGAACAGCACCUAAACGCCCUUUUGGAAUCCCAUAAAGCUUGUACCAUUGGAGAUUCUUCGAUAAACACAGUGUCGAAGUUCAUUUAUCUUAGUGUAAGUUUCGUCUGAACUCCGCCUGUAGCCCUUCUAGAGUUACUGCCGGUCCCAAGCCCGGGUAAAGGAGGAGGGUUGGGCAUGGGGUUAGCGUCCCCAUCCCGUAGAAAACUAACUCGCUAAAAAAACGCUUACCAGAAAAAAUAAUUCAAACCAUUUUAACUCUGCCCUGAGAGUUAGAAGGUCUUCAUUUAGAAGAAUUAUGACGCUUCAUGGUGAAAGCCGAGCUCCUUCGGAAGCCACGAGGCCGAUGCCCCUUCUAACAACCAGAGCAAAAAAUUUUAUAGGUACAUGGAACGUUAGAACAAUGUGGGAAACCGGGAAGACCAGCCAAAUAGCAACGGAAAUGAGGAGAUACAACUUGGCAGUACUGGGAAUCAGCGAAACCCACUGAACCCAAGCAGAACAGAAAAGGCUAGCUACGGGAGAGAUGCUGCUAUACUCCGGUCACGAAGAGGACAAUGCUCCACACACACAGGGAGUUGCUCUAAUGCUGUCCAAAGUAGCACGAAAUGCACUUGUAGGAUGGGAAUCCCACGGAUCCAGAAUCAUCAAAGCAUCAUUCAAAACAAAGAAGGAGGGGAUCUUAAUGAAUAUUAUCCAAUGUUAUGCACCCACCAAUGAUAGCAACGACGACAUUAAAGAUCAAUUCUACGAGCGGCUGCAGUCAAUCAUAGAGAAAUGCUCAAGAAAGGACCUCACCAUUCUGAUGGGAGAUCUAAAUGCCAAGGUCGGAAUAGACAACACUGGAUAUGAAGAUAUUAUGGGACGACAUGGACUGGGAGAGAGGAACGAAAAUGGAGAAAGAUUUGCAAAUUUGUGUGCAUUCAACAAAUUAGUCAUAGGAGGCACAAUAUUUCCACACAAACGUAUACACAAGGCUACAUGGAUCUCACCGGACCACACUACAGAGAACCAGAUAGACCAUAUUUGCAUCAAAAAAAUUCCGAAGGACAAUGGAAGAUGUGAGAACCAGGAGAGGAGCUGACGUAGCUUCAGAUCACCACCUAGUUGUAGCCAAUUUAAAACUGAAGCUAAAAAAGAACUGGACAAGUGGACAAACAGCAAUACAAAGGUUCAAUACAGCCUUCCUUCGAGAUACUGACAAACUCAAUGAAUUCAAGAUAGCCCUCAACAAUAGGUUCCAAGCCUUACAAGAUCUACUGAAUGAAGAAGAAACUACUAUGGAGGACAACUGGAAAGGCAUCAAGGAAGCAUUAACUUCAACGUGUCAAGAGGUUCUGGGUCUAAAGAAAUACCAUCAUAAGGAAUGGAUCUCUACAGAAACACUGGACAAGAUCAAAGAAAGGAAGAACAAGAAGACAGCAAUUAACAACAGCCGAACACGAGCAGAGAAAGUCCAAGCACAA